AUGUCCACCGGCCACCUCAAAGCACCGCUGCAGGGCAAAAUCGCCCUCGUGACAGGCGCGACAGGCGGCAUUGGCACCGCCGUGUGCCGCCGGCUCGCGGCGCUGGGAUGCAGCAUCGGGAUCCAUUACAACACUGAUCAAGACGCUGCGCUGGCGCUGCUAGAGGAAUUCAAGGAGGACUACAUGCAUGCUUUUGGGAGCAAGUUUGUGUGCUAUGGGGCGGAUCUGGGGAACUAUGAGGAGGUCAGAGAGCUGCAUGAGCAUAUCGUUGCGUUGCUGGGUCCGCCUAAUAUAUUGAUCAACAACCAUGGGGCUACUGUCCAGACAGGUACAAAGUCCAUCGACGAGGUGUCUAUCUCUGCGUUUGAGGAUGCCUGGCGCAUCAAUUGCGGGUCUUCGUACCUCUUGACCCAGCUUUGCAUGCCGGCCUUGGAGGGCGAGGGCUGGGGGCGGGUCAUCUUUGUAUCGAGCGUAGCGGGCAUUACCGGCGGGAUAAUUGGACCGCAUUAUGCGAGCGCAAAGAGUGCUCUACAUGGGUUGAUUCAUUGGCUCGCGAAUACGUACGCGAAGAAGGGAAUUACGGUCAACGGGGUGGCACCAGCGUUAAUCGAACAGACGAAGAUGUUGCCUGGAAGCAACGAGGAGCUAUCGAAGAGUGGCGCUAAUGACAUCGUAGUGGUACCCGUAGGAAGAUUGGGGAUGCCGGAUGAGGUCGCGGAAACAGUUCUGUGGAUGAUUAAUACGUCGUACGUGACGAACAAGGUCAUUGCCGUGGACGGCGGAAUGGUUCCGCAGCAUUGA